AUGCCACCUAAACUUUCGAAAACUUCGAAAACCAACCAAAUUACCAUCAUAAAAUUCAAGCGGAACAAGAGUACUUAUGUUUUGCCUUUAGACCUAAAUGCCAAAGCUUCGUUAUCUAUAGCGAAUUUUAAAUCCUCGUUGGCAAGAGCAGUAGAACAAUCAGGUGGUUUGUCUCUUGUUGAGGAGGACGAGGAAACUAAUAAGUUGGAUAAUGACGAUAUCGAAGUUCCCAAGUCAGAAUACAUUGAUAACGUGGAGAAUGAUGGAAUGGUGGAUGAUAAUGAAGAAGAUACUAAGAAUAUCAUCCAAGAUGUAAAAGGCGAUGAUUUGAUAUUGGCGCUUCCAAAGGAUAAAACUUCACCGUACGAUAAUACCUGGAUCGAAAUAACAGACGACUCUAGUAUAUCAAGCCUUAAGUUUAAUGAUUAUGAUAUAAUAGCCUUUAAACAUGUUGACGACGAUACAUUUUUCAUUUCGGAAGCUGCAUACGAUGAAUAA